AUGUCUGGACGGAAAGACGUGUCUGCUCCUGCUGGAUCUCUUGUUCCUGAGGAUCAAUCCGGUCAAGAGAGCAACCCGUUUUGGAGCGUGGAGUCUCCUGCCGACGCCAGCAUUGGCAUUGAUACGUUCAACCAUGGCAGUUCAGUCUACGCACCCUCUGAAUACCGAUUCCUGGCACAUGUCUUCAAGAAGCUGACCUCAACUGACACUCCUCCCACCGUUCGAGACUGGAUGAAACCUCUUGGGAGGGGACUAUCGCAUCAGCUGUCGGCUCUGACUGGUGCAGGAGAGCGCACCUGCAGAAAGGUAGCGGAUUUCGCAGAAAGUGGGACCAUUGACAACAGAGAGAAGACUGACCGAUCGGGACGAUCUAUAGAUGGACUGGACGAGAACUUUGCCACCAAGAUUCGCGACAUCAUCACUCAAUCCAACAAAAAGGGCAUUCCCAACUCAGCUAGCCGUAUUUCGAACGAACUGAGGGCAGAAUACAACAUCGAGAGGUCUGCACGAUCGAUUACAUGCGGCCUCCACAAGCCAGGGCUGUACUGAGGAAAAGGAAAAUGUUACCUAUCGACUCGGCUAUCUUGAACGCCGCUUGAAGAACCAGAUUAACAAAGGUGAUAAGAUCAGACCACAUCGUCUCGAGGUGUUUUUUGGACGAGUC